CCUGCGUGGAGUCGGCCUGCGGGUCGGGACUUUCCUGUGAGUCGUGCUGGGGCACUGCGGGAACAGGACGUGCUCAUGAGCCGAAACGGGUCGGGGCCCAGCGCCGGCUCCAGGAGAAAGAGCCUGGGUGACAUCAUCCUGGGGACCGUGCACACACUGCGGAAACACGAUGGGAGGAUCCCUCGCUUGUCUGAGGAGAUAGACCCCUCGCUGUUCCCCCCUUCAGCCUCCAACAACACCUCCACCCCCCAAAAGGGCAGGAUGGAUGAGGACAGGAGUGCCCUGCCCCCGCCUCUCAAAACUGAGGAAGACUACAUCCCCUACCCCAGUGUGCAUGAGGUGUUGGGGCGUAAGAGCCCGUUCCCUCUGAUCCUGCUGCCCCAGUUUGGGGGGUACUGGAUUGAGGGGACCAAUCAUGAGCUCAGGGAUGCCCCCCACCCUGAGAACAUGCCCUCGCCCUCUUCCCGGGUUCAACUGGACACCAGCACCUCCGCCAUGGUCUACAGGAAGCACUUCCUGGGCAAGGAGCACUUUAACUUCUACUCCAUGGACAGUGAGCUCGGGCACCUGGUGUUCUCCAUCAGGUAUGAUGUCAUCGGGGACCAGGAGCACCUCCGACUGAUACUGAGGUCCAGGUUAAAAACCUAUCAGGAUGUUAUUCCCAUAUCCUGUCUGACGGAAUUCCCCAAUGUGGUACAGAUGGCCAAGCUGGUGUGUGAGGAGGUGAAUGUGGACCGAUUCUACCCCGUCCUGUACCCGAAGGCCUCCAGGCUUAUCGUGACCUUUGACGAACAUGUCAUCAGCAACAACUUCAAGUUCGGGGUCGUCUAUCAGAGGUUUGGGCAGACAGCAGAAGAGGAGCUGUUUGGGAACAGUGAGGAGAGCCCUGCCUUCGUAGAGUUCCUGGAGUUCCUGGGACAGAAAAUCGAGCUGCACGACUUCAAAGGGUUCCGGGGCGGCCUGGACGUGAGUCACGGACAGACGGGCUCGGAGUCGGUGUACACGCACUUCCACAGCAAGGAGAUCAUGUUCCACGUGUCCACCAAGCUGCCCUAUACCGAGGGGGACCCACAGCAGCUCCAGAGGAAGAGGCACAUAGGAAAUGACAUCGUGGCACUGGUGUUCCAGGAGGAGAACACGCCCUUCGUGCCUGACAUGAUCGCCUCCAACUUCCUGCACGCGUAUGUGGUGGUGCAGGCGGAGAACGCCAGGGCCGGGAACGGCGGGACACUGUACAAGGUGUCUGUAACGGCGCGGGAUGAUGUGCCCUUCUUUGGUCCAGCUCUCCCCGACCCUGCGGUGUUCAGGAAGGGGCCGGAGUUCCAUGAGUUUCUGCUGACGAAGCUCAUCAAUGCGGAGCUCGCCUGCUACAAAGCCGAGAAGUUCGCCAAGCUGGAGGAGCGCACUCGGACAGCCCUGUUGGAGACUCUGUAUGAGGAACUUCACGGGCACAGCCAGGCCAUGCUGGGCCUGGGGGAUGAGGACCGCCUGGAGAACGGGGCCGGGGGGGGCGGUGGCUUCUUUGAGUCCUUCAAGCGUGUGAUUCGCAGUAGGAGCCAGUCCAUGGACGCCAUGGGCCUGAGCAGCAGGAAGCCCAGCGCCGUGUCCACCAGCCUCAGCAGCAGCUUCACCCACAACCCCUCAGAGGCUCACCGAGCGCCUGGCACCAUAAUCCCGGGGAAAAGUCCGACGCGGAAGAAGUCUGCAAACUUUAACACCCGCAGGAGCAGUGCGAUCGGCAUUGAGAACAUUCAGGAGGUGCAGGAGAGGAGCACACAGAAGACUCCAGACAGUGGGCACGUCUCACAGGAGCCCAAAUCUGAGAACUCCUCCAAUCAGAGCUCACCUGAGAUUGCCACCACAAAGAACAGUUCUGUGCUGUGCUGCAGGGCUCCCUCCAUCCCCGAGGCAGCGGACCUCUCUCACUCCUCCAGCGGCAGCAGCUUCGGCAGCGUGGUGGAGGACCCCAACGAGCCGGCACAGCCAGAGGAGUACCACACGGCACAGGAGAGUCUAUCCUCUGCAGGGACUCCACACAAGCGUGACUCCUUUAUCUACAGCUCGUGGGCGACCCCUAGUGGAAGCAGCAGCCCAGCAGUGGAAAAGAGGACCCCCCAACCCGAGGCCUGUGGCAAGCCGGACCAGCCGCUGAACUGCUAGGCCCUGUCACCUGACUGCUUCAUGGAUGUCCAUCAACAGCAUUCCCUAAAGCAUUCCCAACAGCAUUCCCUCUGGGAUCCCAGGUGCUCCUGGGUUUUUGGCACCGCUGAGAAUGAAGAUGAGGGUGAUGAAGGCCAGGAGUGAGGACAGACGGCAGAAUGCGCCCUCGCUGUGACCUCCCCCCUACCCAGCAGCCCCUGCACCACGCCAGGGAGGGGCUUUGUGCAGGCCCACAGCGGAACUCUCCAGUGCAGGCCCACCCCUCUCUCCGCUGCUCCUCCUCUCAGCCCUGUGUGUUCUGUGCACCGAGCCGUGAGCUGUCCUCUGGAUGGGGACGUUACAGAACCCAAACCCAGCACAUUACAGAACCCUAACCCAGCACAUUACAGAACCCAAACCCAGCACAUUACAGAACCCAAACCCAGCACAUUACAGAACCCAAACCCAGCACAUUACAGAACCCAAACCCAGCACAUUACAGAACCCUAACCCAGCACAUUACAGAACCCUAACCCAGCACAUUACAGAACCCAAACCCAGCACAUUACAGAACCCAAACCCAGCACAUUACAGAACCCUAACCCAGCACAUUACAGAACCCUAACCCAGCACAUUACAGAACCCUAACCCAGCACAUUACAGAACCCUAACCCAGCACAUUACAGAACCCUAACCCAGCACAUUACAGAACCCUAACCCAGCACAUUACAGAACCCUAACCCAGCACAUUACAGAACCCUAACCCAGCACAUUACUGACCCCUAACCCAGCACAUUACAGAACCCUAACCCAGCACAUUACAGAACCCUAACCCAGCACAUUACA